UCGGUUUUAAAAUGGACAUGAAGUCGCUGUUGAGCUAACAUUUAAGCGACUUACGAAAAGAGAAACUCGAUAGCCACUCUCAGACUUGUCUCUGCUUAUUCUGUGACGAUGUAUUAUAUAUUACAAUAGUUUUUGACACGAUAGAAAUGGAUCCUAAGUGCAUUUCUACGUGACGUAUGUUUAGUCCGAUUCAAUCUAAUUUCGGUGAAACGCGACGCGUGAUAAGGAUACGUAGUUAUCUAUAGUUCGUUUUAUAGAUUUCAUCUUGGAUAGUGAUUUAUUAAUUCUACUUGCCGCUUUCUGAUCCGAGGAAAGCAGACAAAAACGGAAUCCCCAAGCGUGACGGCUAGUGAAAGCGAUUGAGUGUCGACGACAUGUGACUGCAACAUUUUUAAGAUUACAUACGAUUGGAAUACAUCACUAUCAUGUAAUAUGAUGACGUAUAAACAUCAAGAUCAUACGAAGUACUUAUUUUUUUUCAACUAUUAUCAUGGGAUCUCGAUUAAGAGAAAAUGUCAAACAACUGUUUGAAUGCUUCUGCGAGAUAGCUGCACCAGUAGGGGAGAAGCCAGCUUGGAUACUCCAAAAGUAUCCUAACUCUUUUUCAGACGAAGAGAUACUUAAAUCUGUUCCUAAAUUUACAUAUCCUUGUGAAUUUGAAAAUUUGUUGGUGCAACAUUUCUCAUUUGUGCUCACUAGUAUAGAUUCAAAAUGGACUUUUGGCUUUUGCCGUCACGAUCCCAAAACAGAAACAGCUUUAGUGGUCUUGAGUGCACUUCCAUGGCACGAAACAUUUUACAAGUUAUUGAAUCAUAUUGCGUCUUUGACCAGCAAUGCCAGUGGAGAGGAUUUAUGGAAAUUUCUUGAAAAUAUAUAUACCUGUGGAGUUCCAAUUCCUGGAAAUUCUAUAUCUAUCUCUUUGCCAAAUUCUACAGCAAAUUUUAUUUGUCAAAGUCCAAAACAGUUUCAACUACCUAGUAUUCCAGAAAAUAGAAACUUGACUGAAUAUUAUAGUGCUAUUGAUUCAAAUAAUAUGAUGGUGAUAUUUGCAUCUAUGUUAUACGAACGCCGUAUUAUUUUUAUUUCAAAACGUUUAUCGAGAUUAAGUGCAUGUGUACAAGCAUGUAAUGCCUUAAUUUAUCCAAUGAUUUGGCAACAUAUAUAUAUCCCCGUCCUGCCUUUAUCAUUAAUAGAUUAUUUAUUAGCGCCUAUGCCAUUUCUUAUCGGGGUACCCACAUCAACGCUUCAGAAAGUACCCAAAAGUGAUUUAGGAGAAGUUGUUAUUUUGGAUGCUGAUAAUAAUACAAUUGAGUCACCAUUUCAAGAUCUGGAGUCUUUACCUCAAGAUGUAGUGACAAAUUUGAAGAAAGCUUUACGUAAUAGAUCAACUCUUCUUGGAGAUGGCGUAUCAAGAGCGUUUUUGCGUGCAUUAGUACAGUUAACUGCUGGUUAUAGAGAAGCAUUAACUUUACAACAGGGUGAACGUAUUACAUUUAAUCAAAAUGCCUUUGUCGAAAGUAGACCAUCUUCCAUGCAACCCUUUUUACGAAAAAUGUUGGAAUUACAAAUUUUUCAACAAUUUAUAGAAGAAAGAUUGAAUAUGCUUAAUUCAGGACUUGGUUUCUCAGACGAAUUUGAAAUGGAAGCCUGCAGUUAUUCAGCCAAAUCAAGUAGUAAAUUUAUGCAACAGUAUAGAGAAUGGACUUACACUAUGCGAAAGGAAAGCUCUGCAUUUUUUCGUAGUGUGAAAGAUAAGGCCAAUCCAGCAGUAAAGUAUGCUGUUAAAUCAGUGAAAGAUAAAGGGAAAGAUAUGAAAACGGCAUAUAAAGGACUAAAAUGGAAAGGGCGUCCUAAUAGAAGUGAAACGAAUAUGAGAUUUCAUCAACCGCGAUCAGCUCCUAGUUCACCCACUUUAGAUAGAAGACCUAUUGGAUUCACAUCUCCAUCAAAAUCUCCAAAUGGAGUAUCAGCAACAACUAGUUAUCGAAAGGAAUUGCGUUUGCGGAAUACUAAUUUUGAUGCAAGUAAGAAACAAUACUCACCUUUAAACCCGAGUUCUCCCGAAGAAUCCGAUUCUCCACCAGAGCGCAUAAAUAUAGACCUUAUGCACGAACUUCAAGAUGUAAUAUUUCCAAAAAUACCAGCAGUGGAUAGGACGUUGAAACCAGUACGCAGUUUAGACAACUUGAGACCUGCAUGGAGUGGGCAUUUACGGCACAGUCCUUCGCCUAGUACUGUCAUUACAAAUCCAUGUGAAAUUUCCUCGAAAAAAUCAAUUUUAACUUCUUCUCCUUAUCCUCUUCCUUCAGAUACUUCAUUCAAUCAAUCGAAAAUGUUUUCUUCUAAUUUGCUAGCUUCAAAGACAAACAGAACUGUGAAAGAAGUAGAUAAAACAUCACUUUUACCUGCAUCUGCAUCAUAUAAUCAAAACACUGAACCAAACCGAUUUUUACAUGAAUUAAAUAUACAUAAUAAUUUAAUGAAACCUGUAGUUGAUUUAUCAUUAUGUGUUCAUGAAAAAGAAAAUCCUAAAACGGAAGAAAAUUUUUCUUCAAAUAAUAAAAAUGUUAAUUGUAAAGAUAAUUUUACAAAUGCUAAUUCAAUAUCAAAUACAUGGACAAGCGAAUCUUUUGAUAGACCUUUCAAAACGUCAAAUUUUCUUCAUGAAGUAAAUGAAGAUGAUCCUUUUGAUACGAGUAAAGUAUUAAUGCCUAUCUAUUUACAAACUGCACCACUUUUUAAAUCUAAAAUUUCUUCAAUGCCCGCUCCAUUUCAUCCAUUAUCACAUCCAUUCAAUACUACAUCCUGCUCUGCACAUGUUAAGGAUUCUCCUGAAGUCCCGGAUUUAAUACGCUUAGAUUCAACGAAUAGUAAUGAGGAUUUUGAUCCACUUCUCUCUAAAGUUCCCGAGCUUUCAAGCACAAAACAAAUGAGUCAAUCGUUACAUUUACCCGAAAUGAAUGAAGGUCUUAGUAAUCCUUUAUAUCCUUAUUUUCAACAAUCGUCGCAUAAAAACAAUGACAAACCGAAGGCCUCGGAUAACGUAGGUGAUAUGGAUUUAUUACAAGCGUAUGGUAUAGAUUUUAGUAAAUUUAGUUUAACCAAUAGUGAUAAUCCAUCUACAAAGACUACUACUGUAUGUAAUCGAAGUGUACCAGACAACAAAAUUAAUAAUGUUGAUACAAUGGAUACAUUCAAUUUAACACUAAAUACAUCUGCUAUUAAAUCACCAAAUAAUUGGACAAAGUUUGAAUAA